UAGCGAGGUGCUGUGUCCGCAACCCGCCCCCCCCUGCAUAGCGGGGUGCUGUGUCCCUGUCCUUAACCCCCCCGACAUAGCGGGGUGCUGUGUCCGCAACCCGCCGCCCCCCCCGGCAUAGCGGGGUGCUGUGUCCCUGUCCUUAACCCCCCCCCCCCGACAUAGCGAGGUGCUGUGUCCACAACCAGCUCCCCCACACCCACACACCCGGGACAGCUGGGUGCUGUCUCCCCCCCCCCUUGCACAGGUGAGCAGAGGAGCCCCGUGCGUGCUGAGGACCCCCCCCCCCCCUUUUUCUGCCGGGCGCGCUGCUGCCCCGGACGCCGCCGGUGAGCGGUGCCAUGUGGAGCGGGCGCUGCUGGCUGCUGCUGGCGGCGCUGGGCUGGCUGCUGCCGGCGGGGGCCGGGGCCAGCGGCGAGUACUGCCACGGCUGGCUGGACGCGCAGGGCGCCUGGCGGGACGGGUUCCAGUGCCCCGAGCGCUUUGACGGCGGGGACGCCACCAUCUGCUGCGGCAGCUGCGCCCUGCGCUACUGCUGCUCCAGCGCCGAGGCCAGGCUGGACCAGGGCGUGUGCGACAACGACCGGCAGCAGGGGGCAGACGAGCAAGGCCGGCCGGACAAAGACGGCCAGGAUGGCGCAGCAGUGCCCAUUUAUGUGCCAUUCCUUAUAGUUGGAUCUGUUUUUGUUGCCUUUAUCAUCUUGGGGUCUCUAGUAGCAGCUUGUUGCUGCAGAUGCCUGCGACCCAAGCAAGAGCCACAGCAAAGCCGAGCACCUGGAGGUAAUCGGCUGAUGGAGACUAUUCCCAUGAUUCCAAGUGCCAGUACCUCCCGUGGUUCCUCUUCUCGUCAAUCAAGUACUGCUGCCAGCUCCAGUUCCAGUGCCAAUUCAGGUGCCAGAGCCCCCCCUACUAGGUCACAGACCAACUGCUGUUUGCCAGAAGGGACCAUGAAUAAUGUCUAUGUCAACAUGCCUACUAAUUUCUCAGUACUGAACUGCCAGCAGGCUACCCAGAUUGUGCCACAUCAAGGGCAGUACCUGCACCCACAGUAUGUAGGUUAUGCUGUUCAACAUGACUCUAUGCCUAUGACCCCGGUGCCACCUUUCCUGGAUGGUCUGCAAAGUGGAUACAGGCAGAUUCAGUCUCCCUAUCCCCAUGCCAAUAGUGAACAGAAGAUGUACCCAGCAGUGACUGUGUAACUAAAAAAAAAAAUCACAUAUUUUAGCACCUAAGCGGAGGAGAAAUACUUUUGGAAUGAAGCUUGUAGAACCUCAUUUGUAAAUAAUUUUGAAAGACUCAUGCAUGUCAGACAGUGUUUAUAACCCAUUUCUUUACAUUGGAUUCAGUUGCCCAAAACUGUGUAACGAUAUCUUUGAAUUACCAUUUCCAGAUAUGCUUCCAUUCCAGUCCAUGAUUAACAGUGGCAAUGGAUUAUGCUGAAGAUGCAUAUGCAUUUCAGAUAACUGUGUGUGAGAGAUAAAUUCCUGAGCCAUUAAGUGCCCUUCAGGUAUGGCACGGUCAAAGCAUUUGGCUACUUCAUAAAAAGAGUUUUGUUACACUGUACAAGAUCACAGUAUUUAAGAAACCUCUCUUCUCCUCCUCUCUCCCAACUCCUUUACAACAUUUCAUAUUGCUUUACAGACAAUCACAUUGUCACUGGAAGACUAAACCGUGCAAUUAUUGUAAGUUAGAAACCUGCUACCAAGUCCUAUGAUUUCUUACUCACCUUAGGUUCAAGGUGGAAUGAGGUGUUAUUCUUAGUUUUUCACAAGAUUAUUUUCUUUGUCCCUUAUAUUUAUGUAGGAAUUAGAAGUGUGUAAAACAUUCAGCUCUAACUUCCAGUGCACUUGGAAUCAUUCUCGAUUUGAGUUUGAUUCAUGUUCAGGAACCAAUAGGGGUUUGCACAGUCUUUGUUUAUCUCAGUGAACUGUAAUAAAAAACAGAUAUGAAGUUCUUGCUUUGAUCAAAAUCUUUGAUACUGCCGUUGUCCUGUGCAUUUCAAGUUUGAACUGUGCUUGCAGAGAAAGGUCAUGUAGUAUCUUCAAAUAGGGCUACUAAUCCCACUUCCUGUGAAACAUAAACCUGUGUGAAUGUGCACAAACAUGUCAAACCAAGAUCUUACCCAUGGGUUUGUAAUGCAAUUCAACCAUGGGAAAAUGGGAUUCAUUCUAACCCAAACCUUUCUGAACUCCAGGGGCUGCUGACCCGUUCUGAUGCUAAAAUAUUGCCAAUCCAAAUUGAAUUUGGAAUGAUUUGCACAGCUAGACUAGGAGUCAGUUUCUGGAAGAACUAUUUUUUUGUUAUUUGCAUUGAAAAUGAACAAAAGAACAACCAAAACACUCAAGUCCUAAUAGCUUUUCAUUUUGUAUAAUUGCUUUAUAAAUGAAAUAUUUCUGCACAAUGUAGAAAUCUUUAAGCCUUCAAGCAGAUGGCAUGUUGCAGAGGGUGACUUUGCACUAAAACCUUUGAUUCCAUUUGUGAUAAAAUAGCUAAUCUCCUGAAUUUAAAGAAGCAACCAAUAUACAGUAAAAGCUGUGUUAUCCGGCCCUGUACCAACCGGAAAGCUCUAUAAACCAGCAUUUCUAAUCUUCAUAGAAAGUCCAGUUUAUAGUCUGGUUGGCAUGGCGCUGGCAGGUUCCCUACCUGGCUCCGUAUGGCUCCCCGAAAGUGGCAACCUGUCCCUGCUGCUCUUAGGGGGAGGCGUGGCUAGACAACUUUGCGUGCUGCCUCCGCCCGCAGAGCCCCCCCUGCUCCCUCCAGCUCCCAUUGGCUGCGGUUCCUGGCCAAUGGGAGCUGCAGUGCCAGUGCUUGGGACAGGGCAGGGGCAGCGUACAGAGCCACCUAGCUGCGCCUCCACCUAGGAGCAGCAGGGACAGGUUGCUGCUGGUGGGGAGCUGCCCGAGGUGAGCGCCCCCUGGAUCUGGCACCCUGCACCCUCCUGUGUCCCAACCUCCUGCCCCGAGCCCCUUCCCACACCCAAACUCCCUCCCAGGGCCCACUCCCCCUCCCGUGCUCCAACCUUCAGCCCUGCACCCAAACUCUCCCUCUUAGUUAACCAGAAUUUUUCACUUACCGGCACCCCCCACACCACCAACAUGCUGGAUGAAAAAGCUUUUACUGUACAAGGAAUAAUCUGUUUGUGUUAAUUGUAACAUGCAUUUCAUACUUCUUUAAAACAAAACCCACAAUGUCUUUAAGGCUGCUUUCAUCGUUUUUAAAUUAAUCUGCAUUUCAAUCAAUUUGUUCUUUAUGUUUGGAAUGACAGUAUAGUAUUGAGGGCAUACUGAAAACAUUAAAUUGCUUUAACCAGACUAGAACUAAUAAAAUAUUUUCUUAUUGUCUGAUACUGAUUCCUUAUGUUGCAAUGAAUCUGAUACUAACAAUUUUGUUACAUGGACUGUAUGUCAGAUCUAAUGGUUUAUUUGUAAACAUGCAACACAAAAAAGCAAAAGGAAGAGAUGUUCUUUACCACUGAAAUAAGAAAAGGAGUAGGUAUUUUACAUCAGGUCUGCUACUGUUGGCUGAUACCAUAACAAUAGUACAGCAUAUAUAACUUUUAAGAAAGAGGCAUCCUUUGAGCCACUUUAUUUCUUUUGACUAGAAAAGACUGGGGCUGAUCUUGAGAAGUGCUGGGUACCUCCUACAAAGCAUUGAAGCCCAAAUUUUUAAAGGUAUUUAGACAUUGCUCUGCUCAGCAUUUUAAGUCUUAAGACUAUUAGGCACCUAGUGGGAUUUUCAAAAGCACCUAAGCACCCAACUCCUAUGGGAAGUAGGCAUCUAAAUAACUUUGAGGAACUAGGCCUUUCAGUGCUGUACAGAGCAACGCCUAAAUACUUUUAGAUCUAGGCCUAAAUGCCCUCAACUUUUGUUGGCUUCAGGAGGAAUUAAAGGUGCUCAGCAUCUCACAGGAUCAUGUCCAUUGUUUCUUUUCUGGAAGACAGUUUCCCAGAGCCUGAUGUUAGCUUUUUCAACUGUGAAUAAGUUAGCUCUCUAUUUCUCUCUCUCCCAGAAUGCACUGCAUUCAUUGCACAUGCCCUGUUAAGGACACCUGCUCUGAUUUAUGAAAUUCAGGUGAAUCACUUUGUAAAUUGUUUACUUGUUUAAAACUUUUAAGUUAAAUUUAAGUAUGUAGAAAUUAAUUUACAACUGUUGGGAAAAAAACAAACCCUGAGCUGUAAUAAAAGGAAGUUUGUGAGAUGUGGUGUUUUAUAUCUUGUGUAUAAUAAUGUAAAAUCAAUGUUAACAUUUGGUAAAGUUUUUAAAUCUGUUACAGGGCACUUGACAUAAAGUGUUUCUUACAAGUGAAGAAAAAACCCUUUGUUUAAUAAAUAUUUUAUGCUGUGA